AUUUCAAUCAUAUCUCACAAGAUAUGCUGAGUAGCAUGGGUAUGAGAUUUUAAGAUCGGAAGGAAAAAGAAAGUAAGACGGUAAUGUGUUCCCGGUUUUCGAACGCUUUACUCGCUUAUAUGACUGCAUGCCGCAUGAUGGACUGACUACUGUAGAAUGUGUGUCGAAUAAACAUACGUGUGAAUCCUCUCGGAAACUAUCAAAUCAUGAAAGCCAGUCUAAAAUAUCCCAAAAUAACAUUCUCAUAUCCGCUCAGGAAUCGCCAUGACUCUUUGCACUAAUGAGCACGGAGAGGGCAGGAAUGGUUCGAGAAAUAUUAUUCCGACAAAUUUCUUUUGCUUAUUUAUAUGUGCGCUGAGCAUCGAGACGGAAAAAUAGUGGGAGAUGCGAUCUUCAACAAUAAUUUGUUGAGUGGCUGUAAACGUUUGAUUAUUGGACUUGCCGUUAACGUUAUUUCCGAAGCCGGUUAGCCUGCAUAUUAUAUACUGCUUAUCCGCUGCGCUGCUUCAUUGUCGAUAUUUGGCGGCUCUACUUUAACAACUACGAUCGGUCCAUCAAUAUACAUUUCGCUUCCGCAAAUUUUAUUUACAUGUUUCAUUUUGUUUGAACGUUGCGGUUAUGUGGGAUCUCAUGCCCCUGGCCACAGCGUACUAUGUCCAAGGAAUAAACUUCAUAUUUUGCUGGAUAAGCGUAAUAACGCCGGUGUACUGCUCAGCUCUUGUAUCCGGCAACAUCAGAACACUUCAGAAAGCUGCCUGUGAGACGCAAGAGUUGGUGAUAAAAUGUCCGAUGGAAACUCUGAUUUAUAUCCAGUUUGCCAAUUAUGGCAGGCUGGUGUCCAGCAGAGAACGUCCUUGCCACAUCGUUGCUCCUACGGGAUCGUUGCCCAACGUCAGCAUAUUUCAUUCGCCUUAUGAUAUCGAGGAAGAGUCCAGGAACUGUAUAGCAUCUCAAAGUAAAGAAAGAGUUGUCAGUCUGUGUCAAGAUAAGCGCACAUGCAAAAUCCCGGUGAACGCGGAGAUCUUCAAACAAGAUCCGUGUCCGCGGACAUGGAAAUAUCUGGAGGUGGCCUACAAAUGCAUACCGAAUGUCUUUCAAACCAACGUCGUCUGCGAGGGAGACGAGAUGACGCUGGAGUGCGAAUCACCAGCCCAUCGACUGGCUGUUCACACGGCAAUGUUUGGACGGGAUAGAUCCGGCGGAAACGCCGUGUGUCAUCAUCAGAACAGCCGGACGCCCAGCCGGCUGCCACCUGAAACACAAACCGAGUGCGCAUCAAGUUUCGCAACGGAAAUCGUGAUGCAAAAGUGCCAAAACGAGCGGAUAUGUACCAUACAGGCGGACGAAUCGACAUUCGGAAAUCAGUGUCCAAUCAAUACACGAAAAUACCUUACCGUCUCCUAUGCCUGUGUCCCACAAAGAAUACUCAUUAGUCCACCAACCAAGAAUAAGAAUGUCGAUGGACGAAUGCCAGUCAUGACAGGCAGUGUCGUGGAAGAAAAAGCCGAGGAUUACCUGACGCUGGAGAUGGACGAGGAUAAUGCAUUAACGGUGGGCGCCCCGGCGCAGUCUGUCGAUAUGCAGGCCAUUCAGCCCGAUCAUCCGGCAGGUGCGGCACGGAAAAACAAGCUGGAUCAAUUCGGACCCAGCAAGAAAGCCCUGGGAACCGGCGCCGAUGGUUACGGCCACGAAGGUCAAUGCAACUGCACCGAAAGCUUCAGUGUCUUAAUGGACUGGAUUGUGGCGUACCAAAAAAUCAAGCAAAACAAGGAAAAAUGCAUACUAUAUGCCUGUCUUUCUGCUGGGAUUGGGUUGCUGCUGAUAAUGCUCUUCCUGCUUGUGCACCUUUUAAUCAAGCGGAAGCAACAGAAAAACAAAUCAAAGACUGUGAUGUCGCAGUCGAGUGCGGCGGCACGAGCGCUCAGUGCGAAAACGCGGGAACAACGGAUUCCGUUAUAUAACACCCAUUACACCGAGGAGGACGAGACCGACACCGUACCGGUGGAUUUGACGAGUACCCGGCGUUACAACAUUGUACCACCCAUUGCGCGCAACACACUGCCUCGCGCCGCUUCCAAUUCUUUCCAGGUUGAGCCAAGAAAAGCCACGGAAUCACGAUCAAUGCACCGGUUAACCACUGAUGGCAGCUUCUAUUCAUAGACAAUGCGUCUCCACAUGCGCAGCAAUAAAAGUGUCCCGAUUGGCUUCCGGUUGUUUCUCAAUGAGUCAGUAUCGAUACAUGACCAGCAAUAGCUGAGUAUUUCAUUCAAUGUCCACUGGAACCAAUUUGUUGAUAGCCAAAGAUUGAUGUGACCCUAUUUGAAAAUGCUCAUUUUUGCUCUUGUACAUGAUGCUAAUGACAACACCGUUUGUGCCUAAAGUGUACUGGAUCUUUAUUGUUACGUUGUUGUUUACUUGUCUUUGUGUUUUAACUACUAAUGUGCGGUUAUACAAUUAUUAUUAAACUUGGC